AUGGUUGGGCUGUUGCUGCUCGGCUUUCCGAUGAAGGUUCCGCUGCUAGCGGCCACCUUUGCGGUCUUGCUGAUUUACUAUCCCGGGGAUGUUACUCCGGCCAUCAUCAUUCAACAGUGGAUCGGAGGCAUCUCCCCCGCGGCUCUGAUUGCGGUCCCCAUGUUCAUCCUGGCGGCCGAUAUCAUGACGCGAGGGCAGGCCGCCAACCGUUUGCUCGACAUGGUUUCCACCUUCGUGGGGCAUCUUCGCAGCGGACUUCCCAUCACCACGGCCGUAAGCUGCACCCUGUUCGGGGCCAUGUCAGGAUCGACGCAAGCCACCGUGGUGGCAAUCGGCGACCCGCUUCGUCCCCGAUUAUUGCAGGCCGGCUAUACCGACUCGUUUUCAACGGCAUUGAUCAUCAAUGCCAGCGAUAUCGCGCUGCUGAUCCCGCCCAGCAUUGGCAUGAUUGUUUAUGGGGUGGUCUCAGGAACUUCGAUUGGCGAAUUGUUCAUCGCAGGGAUUGUCCCUGGGCUGGUGAUUCUGCUGGCCUUCUGCAUUUACUGCUAUUUCGUCUCAGUGCAAACCAAAGUCGACCGCCUUGCUCGGGCUGGUUGGACUGAACGCCUACAAGCCUUACGAAGGGCAAUUCUCCCACUCGGCUUCCCGGCCAUCAUCAUGGGCGGAAUCUACACUGGCAUCUUCAGCCCCACCGAAGCGGCCGCCGUGAGUGUGCUUUAUGCGAUCGUUCUCGAGAUGCUCAUCUUUCGUGAGAUGUCAUUGCACGACCUCUAUCAAUCAGCACUCUCCACUGGGAUGGUCACUGCGAUCGUAUUUGUCCUGGUCGGGGCAGGAGCUGCUUUCUCGUGGGUCAUCUCCUUCGCACAGCUCCCACAGACGAUAUUGAAUGACACAUUUGGUCUCACCGCACAGUCUGGCUAUUGGACCAUCAUGCUGGUCGUCUGCGCCGCAUACUUCGUCGGCUGCAUGUUUGCCGAUCCAAUCGUGGUGAUCUUAAUACUUACACCCAUCUUUCAUCCAAUCGCAGUGGACUCGGGGAUCGAUCCCGUUUUGAUGGGGGUGAUCGUCACAUUACAAGUCGCCAUAGGAGUACUCCAGGUACGUUUUUCUGCAUUCUUGAUUUUUGGCGGAACCGUAUUCCUCAUCAUUGCACUGCGAUACAUGGUGACCGGGGCAGAGAUGAUCGGCACCCUGAGGGGUGAAGUCGAACACCUGGCAGGGGCGAUCGCCAUGCCGUUUAUGAUUGGGCCUGGCACAAUCAGCGCUAGCGUCCUCAUUGGGGCCGACCUACCGGUGUGGCUCGCAGGACUAUCAAUCGCAAUCGCGCUGUUGAUUAGUUGCCUGAUGCUGAUCGCCAUGAAGGUAACAACCGUGGAACGAACAAGUUUGACGAGCGGAACCUUCCACGUUCGCCGACUACUGUUGGCUCUUUCACUCGUGGUUUGCCUCGCUUCGACCGGCUGCGGGCCGAGCAAAGCCACUGCUCCAGUAGCCAACGGCGACACUCGCCAAACGUGGCGAUUCGCCAUUGAAGAAGCCGAGGGUAGUGUUCAGCACGAAUAUGCUUUGCGGUUCAAGCAACUAAUUGAAGAACGCACGAACGGCGAAGUCGAGGUGAUCGUCUAUCCCUACGGCACGCUAGGAACGUCGACCCAGAUCACCGAACAGCUCAACAUGGGAGUCAUUGAGUUCGCCAUGGCUUCCCCCGGCACACUCGGCAAGUUCAUCCCAGAGCUGCAGGUAUUCCUCUUGCACUUCGUACUACCCGAAGAUGAGCGCGAAACCCAGCGGUUGUUGAGCGACCCGGAGUUGAUUGCUUAUUUCGACAAACUCUACGCCCCCAAAGGUCUGCAACUUCUGUCCAUCUUCUCAGAAGGCGAGAUGGUUUGGACGAUGAAAGACAAAGUUCGCAGUCCCGAAGAUUUCGAAGGCUUGAAGAUGCGGGUGAUGACUUCCCCACUCCUACUUGCCGCCUACAACGCUUACGGAGCCAGCGCCACCCCUAUGCCGUAUUCGGAGGUUUACAGCGGGUUGCAGCUCAACAUGAUCGACGGGCAGGUGAAUCCAAUCUUCGCGAUCGAACGUCAAAAAUUCCACGAGGUCACUUCCUGGAUGAUCUUUCCCGGUCACACCUCGUUCAUCACGACAUGCGCGGCCAAUCGCAAAUUCAUCGGGCAGCAACCGAAAGAGCACCAGGAGCUGAUAGACAGUGUGAUUGAAGAGCUAGACGACUAUAUUUUCACCGUCCAGAUGCGAUACCAAACCGAGCGUCUGAAGAGGAUUCUUAGGGAUAAGAAACGUCAACAAUCGCAGCUGACAAUCAUCGGUGAAGUAAGCCAGUUCCUCGAGUCACUCACUUCCGAGGAGCGAAUCGAGUUGGUUGAGAACAAUCCGCACGUCACUUUGGUGCCGGGGCUUUCCCCGAAAGAGCGGGAUGGAUUUCGGGAAGCCAGCAAGUCAGUGCAUGACGUUUUUUUGAGAAUCGGUGGGCCUCACAGCCACGAGGUUUUGCAACUUUUGAGCGGACCCAGUUCGAUCGAAUAG